GUUAACUUCAAUUCACUGAGUUCCAGAUUCUUAAUGGAAUCAAGCUGCUGGAUGUCUCUGAUCUAUGAACAGCGCACUGAAGUCAUGAAUAAUCAUGUCUCUUGCAAGUUCGAAGAUAUUUCUAUACCCUACGGUUGUACUGUAUGCUCUAAUUGGCUUAACAAUAUGCCAAUAUACUCAAAGUCAAUACCUUCAGGUCAUAAAUACAAACUCUGGAACAGCCGAUACAUACGGCUAUUCAAUUGAUAAUAAUGAAAUACCGGAAAGAAUAGCAGGUGGUAAAUUCGCCAAACUUGGAGAUUUUCCGUAUAUGGCGGUGGUGCAUCGACUCGUAGGUAAUGGAGUAAUCGGACAAUGUGGCGGUACCAUUAUAUCCAAAAGAUGGGUUCUUACAGCCGCCCAUUGCGCAGCGAAAUAUCCACAAAAAUUCUUUGUAGUAUUUGGUAUCAUCGACAAAUCUAACGUAGGAUAUGAUUACCUUAAUGGCCCCGGAGUGUCGAUGAUUACGACUCAAGCGUACAUACAUCCGACGUAUACAAAUGCUCACAAUGAUAUUGCGUUGCUCUAUAUGCCAAAAGACAUUCCUUUUUCGUACACUAUACAGCCUAUAAAACUCGCCUAUGAAGCUAACACCUUUGCAAAUGAAAAUGCUUUUGUAAUCGGUUGGGGAAAAGAGAGUCCGUCUAGCAGAGGCUCGUCAAGACUAAAGUAUGCUGCGAUGACGAUUAUAGGAAAUGAUGAGUGCAAACAGUACUGGCACACCACCUUUAACCACAUUUGUACGGCCUCAGGAUCAGGACGAGACGCUUGUCAGGGUGACAGUGGCGGUCCUCUUAUUGUAACGAAGGAUGGCCAGGAUCUUCAAAUCGGUAUUGUCAGUUACGGAGAUGCAUUUUGCCCAGGCAAAUUCCCUGGCGUAUUUACCAGGGUUUCUCAAUAUAUAAAUUGGAUUCAUGCAGUUACGAGGAAUAAUAUCUAUUAGAAGAAUAUCUACAUAUUAAUAAGUUUGAUAUUAGUAUACAUAUCAUAUUAAAAAAAAAUAAGUAAAAAUGUAUAUUAACUAUGUAUGUUUUUCGUAACACUGUGCUAAGAAAAUAUAAUUAUAAGAAAGGUUAUGUGAAAGGUA